UUAGAUAGACGAACUUCCCAGCAUGGUAAACUGAAUCUAUCUAAGAAUAUCGUAUAAAAGUUUUCCAAAAUAUAUAUAAAUUUAAAAAAAUGCGAUUACCUGGUAUUAAAUUAGUAACAUUUGAUGUAACAAAUACAUUAUUAAAGUUUCACAAACCUCCUUGGGAACAUUAUGCUGCAGUUGCACAUAAAUUUGGUUUUAAAGGUAAUGGAAUAAGCAUUAAAAACAAAUUGUUAGAUAACUAUAAACAUAUGACUAAACAACAUCCUAAUUUCGGGAAAGAUACUAUUUCUUGGGAGCGAUGGUGGGGAAAAGUUAUUGAAAUGACCUUUCAAGGAGAUAUUUCUGUUGCUAAUAUAGAUAUGAUUUCCAAAAAACUCAUUGAAGAUUACAAAACUCCAAUUUGUUGGCAGAUAUCAGAAGGAAGUGAAGAUUUAAUAAAAAUAUUGAAACAAUCUAAUAUUACAAUUGGAGUAAUAUCAAAUUUUGAUCCACGCCUUCAUGAAAUCCUUUUCAAUUUGAACUUAAAUAAGUAUUUUGAAUUUGUAAUAACUUCAUAUGAGGUUGGAAUUAGUAAGCCAGAUAAAAAAAUAUUUCAAAUUGCUCAAGGAAAAUGUAAAAAAGAUAUUGACUCAACGCAAUGUCUUCAUAUUGGAGAUGACAUUACUAAUGAUUAUAUUGGUGCUACAGAAGCGGGAUGGAAUGCUUUACUUAUAACAAACAGUAUUAAACAUAUAGAAUCACAAGUAUUGGACAAAACAUUUUUAAAUUUAAAAGAGUUGUGUGAAAAAUUAGAAAAUAAUGAACUAUGCUUAAGAUAAUUAAGA